UUAGUCGACUCUAACAUAAAUCGACCAAUGUCAAAUCCUUCCCGGUUUAAUUUGCAGUGACUUGUUUGUCUAAACUUGGUAGAAAAUAGGAAUUGGAAUUGUAUUUUCCAGACACAGUGAAAGAAACGUUAUGUAAUGGCUUCUCCAUUGUUCACCCUCAAUCUCAAUCACAAGAUUUUGCCUGGUCGGGUAACAAUUGGAAAAUACGAUGGAUCUCAUGCAUGUCUUACAGUAGCUACAACUGCUGAUAAGGUAUUGGUCCAUUGUCCUCAUCGAAGUGCUGCAGUGGGUCCUUCUGUAUCAGAUGAUGAAAACAAAGAAUUAAUGUUAUUGAAUAUAAAUCAAACAAUUACAUCUUUGUGUGCUGGAAGGUUAAAUCUUGCAGAUGAAAAAGAUUGUUUAGUGGUUGGAACCCCUGCAAAUGUUUUGGCUUAUGAUGCUGAAAACAACAGAGAUAUAUUUUACAAAGAGAUACCUGAUGGUGCCAAUGUAAUUGUUAUUGGAAGGCUUGGGUCAUUUAAAACACCACUGGCAAUUGUUGGAGGCAAUUGCUCGAUUCAGGGAUUUGAUUUCGAGGGCAAUGAUCCAUUCUGGACUGUCACGGGUGAUAAUGUGUGCUCUCUCGCAUUAUUGGAUUACGAUCAGGAUGGUGACAAUGAGUUAAUAGUUGGCUCAGAAGAUUUUGAAGUGCGAGUUUUUAAAGAAGACUGUAUAAUAAGUGAACAAACAGAAACUGAAGCUGUUACUUCUUUGGUUGCUUUUCGUGGAAGUAAGUUUGGAUAUGGUUUGGCUAAUGGAACUGUUGGUGUUUAUGAGAAAUUUCAGAGAUUGUGGCGAGUAAAGUCAAAGAAUCGUGCAGUAGCUAUACACAGUUAUGACCUUGAUGGAGAUGGAGUUGAAGAGCUCAUUACUGGCUGGUCUAAUGGUAAAAUUGAUGCAAGAAAUAGCCGGACUGGGGAAGUUAUUUUUAAAGACAAUUUAAAUCAUGCUGUGGCAGGAAUUGUAGAAGGAGAUUACAGGUUUACUGGAAAAACAGACCUGUUAUGCAGUUCUGUGGAAGGAGAAGUGCGAGGUUACAAUUUAACAAGGCAAACCGGAGUACGAAGUGCAGCAUCUGGUCUUAUUGAUGUAAAUGUGGAGCAAGAUACAAUUCGUGAACUGUUCUCCAAGAAACAAGCAUUAUUACUGGAAUUGAGAAACUAUGAAGCCAAUUCUCAGUUCUCUGGUGCUGGAAGUGAAGAGGUAGCUGAGCAGUUGGCACAAAUGAAUGUGCAAGUGGGGUCAAAAACUCAUCUUCAGACAGGUAUUUCAGUGAAUAUGGGAGAUGAAAAGAAAUUGCCACAUGUUGAAAUUGCCUUGUCAACAAACAAUGAUACCAUAAUUCGAGCUGUCAUGGUAUUUGCUGAAGGAAUCUUUGAUGGAGAAACACAUAUAAUACAUCCUAAGGAUGGAGAUAUUUCAUCAAAAUUGAAUGUUGCUUUAUAUCCUCCAAAGGAUGUCCCUGUUGACAUUCAUAUAAAGGCUCUUGUAGGUUAUGAAGGGAGUCAGCAUUUUCAUGUAUUUGAAUUGACCCGCCAGUUACCUCGAUUUUCAAUGUUUGCACAUUGUUCUGCCCCAUCUAACAAACCAUCAAAUUAUGUUGCUUUUACAUUGAAUGAACGAGUUCAAAGGAUUGCUAUGUGGAUUAACCAGAAUUUCUUAUUGUUAUCAGAUCUGGAAGUGAGUUCAGAUCUUAAUGUUGCUUUCAUUUCUUUACGUGAUAACUCUGAAUUGAACAUUUCCAUGGAGGCUAGUGGACAUGUUAUUGUUUCAACACAUGACAUGGGAUUGGCUGGAGAAAUAGUUCAGUCUUUGGCUACGUUUUUGAAUUUAGAAGAAUUACAGGUCACUGCAGAUUUUCCUGCCGAUCAGCAAGAAUUGGCAGCACUAUUGCAACAAAUUACAGCAUUACAGGAAGUACGCCAACGAUUGGGUGCAGAAAUUGCUGAUCAUUCUGGCCUGAUUCGAAACUUGGUCAUGCGUGCUGAAGAUGCAAGACACCUGGGAGAUAUGAAACUGAUGAACAGACUUUAUGAGGAGCUGAAUGAAAUAAAUGCUGAUCUAAUUCGUGGCUACACAAUUCGUUGCACUAAUCAUCAAGAAUUACUUACCUCAUUGAAGAAAGUGAAUACAAUUAUACAAAAAGCAGCAAAUCUGAGAGUUAAGUUGAAUGUUAUUUUAAUAAUUCAGAAAGAGAAAAUUUAA